AAUAUUUGUCAAUGUCAUGAUUUUUAAACUGCGUGUUGUGUAGAUAUAAGUGAAGGACAAAAAAUUGAAAUUCGGUUCUAAACUCGCUUAAACUCGUUUGGCUGUGUAACAAGUGAUGCAGAUAUUGUUUAUUUAAUUAUUUCACUGUAAAUAAUACGAUGUGAGGACCAAUUCAUUGUUAAAAAUACUAUAGAGUUUCGAGGUAUAGUAGCGUGAUAAGGUGUUUAAUUUAGAUUACGCCAUAGGAAGUAAUUCAAAGAUCGUGACAAAAAACUAACAAAGUGUAAAAAAGGAAAUCAACAUGCCUGACAUAAAGAUCACUCCUUUAGGAGCAGGCCAAGAUGUUGGACGCAGUUGCAUUCUUCUCUCAAUGGGCGGUAAAAACAUUAUGUUAGAUUGUGGUAUGCACAUGGGAUAUAACGAUGAACGUAGAUUUCCUGAUUUUUCAUACAUUGUUCCCGAAGGACCUAUAACGAGUCAGAUAGAUUGUGUUAUUAUAUCUCAUUUUCAUUUAGAUCAUUGCGGCGCGUUACCUUAUAUGUCCGAAAUGGUUGGAUAUACUGGACCGAUUUAUAUGACCCAUCCUACAAAAGCUAUAGCUCCAAUUUUGCUAGAAGAUAUGAGGAAGCUUAUUGUAGAGAGGAAGGGAGAGUCAAAUUUCUUUACAUCACAAAUGAUUAAAGAUUGCAUAAAGAAAGUGACUGCAGUCACAUUGCAUCAGUCUGUAAUGGUAGAUAAUGAGUUGGAGAUAAAAGCAUACUAUGCUGGACAUGUCCUAGGUGCUGCCAUGUUUUGGGUAAGAGUUGGCAAUCAAUCUGUUGUGUAUACCGGAGAUUAUAAUAUGACACCAGACAGACAUCUUGGAGCUGCUUGGAUAGAUAAAUGCAGACCUGAUUUAAUGAUAACAGAGUCCACUUAUGCAACAACCAUCCGUGACUCAAAACGCUGCCGUGAACGGGAUUUUCUUAAGAAAGUUCAUGAAUGUGUUGAAAAAGGUGGCAAAGUGUUGAUUCCAGUGUUUGCAUUGGGUAGAGCACAAGAAUUGUGUAUUCUACUUGAAACAUAUUGGGAGAGAAUGAAUUUGAAAUAUCCAGUGUACUUUGCCUUGGGUCUAACUGAAAAGGCAAACAAUUACUAUAAAAUGUUUAUAACAUGGACCAAUCAAAAGAUUAGGAAGACUUUUGUGCAAAGAAAUAUGUUUGAUUUUAAGCAUAUAAAACCUUUCGAUAAAUCAUACAUAGACAAUCCUGGAGCGAUGGUUGUGUUUGCUACCCCAGGCAUGUUGCAUGCUGGUUUGUCUUUAAACAUAUUUAAAAAAUGGGCACCUUAUGAGCAGAAUAUGUUGAUAAUGCCUGGUUUCUGUGUGCAAGGUACUGUGGGUCACAAAAUUCUUAAUGGAGCAAAGAAGGUAGAAUUUGAGAAUCGUCAAGUUGUUGAUGUUAAAAUGGCUGUAGAAUAUAUGUCAUUCUCGGCACACGCUGAUGCAAAGGGUAUAAUGCAAUUGAUACAAUAUUGUGAACCUAAAAAUGUCUUAUUAGUACAUGGAGAGGCACAGAAAAUGGAGUUCUUAAAGGAUAAAAUUGAAAAAGAAUUUAAGAUUAAUUGUUACAUGCCAGCUAAUGGUGAAACAAGUACAAUUAGUACCCCAACAAAGAUACCAAUUGAUGUCUCCUUAAGACUACUUAAGGCUGAAUCUGUGAGAUACAAUGCACAGCCUCCAGAUCCAAAAAGACGUAGAAUAGUCCAUGGUAUUUUAUGUGUGAAGGAUAAUAGACUUUCAUUCCUUGAUAUUGAUGAGGUUUGCAAUGAAAUUGGGAUAAAUAGACAUGUGAUUCGUUUCACGAGUACAGUCCGUUUCGAAGAUAGCGGUCCUGCUGUGAAAACUGCAGAAAAACUUAAAGCAUUACUGGAAGAGAAAUUACAAGGUUGGUCCAUCACUAUUUCUGAUGGUAAUAUAUCUGUAGAAUCAGUUCUCAUUAAGUUUGAAGGGGAUAAUGAUAAUACAAAGAAUAUUUACGUAUCUUGGACCAGUCAGGACGAGGAUUUAGGGAGUUACAUAUUGGGACUUCUGCAGUCAAUGGUCCAAUGACAAAAUCCUCAAUCAGCAGAGUAUCAGUGGUUAAGAGCAGGUGUCUCCAAAAUAACCUAUUGAUGCAAUGCAAUAGCCUUGUACAACAUUCUUAUCAGAUUUUUAUCUGAUGGAUUCUACAAGUUAAAAAUGUACAUACAUGUAUGUAAGUUGGAUGCCAGUUACCGGGAGUUUCA